AUGAAAAGGGUUGAGCAAGAACCAACAAUGUCGGAGCCGAAGAAAACCAAGUACGAUCGUCAGCUCAGGAUUUGGGGAGAAUUAGGUCAAACGGCUCUGGAAAACGCAAGCAUAUGUCUGCUAAAUUGUGGCCCUACUGGCACAGAAACCCUCAAAAACCUCGUUCUCGGUGGAAUCGGAAGCAUCACCGUUGUUGACGGAUCCAAAGUAGAAAUUGGAGACCUUGGAAACAAUUUCAUGGUGGAUGAGAAGAGUGUUGGUCAGUCAAAAGCCAAGUGUACAUGUGCCUUUCUUCAGGAGCUUAACGAUGCUGUCAAAGCCAACUUUAUUGAAGAGAAUCCAGACUCUUUGAUUAUGACAAACCCUUCCUUCUUCUCUCAGUUUACUCUCGUUGUUGCCACUCAGCUAGUGGAAGAUUCAAUGGUGAAAUUAGAUAGAAUCUGCAGAGAAGCGAAUGUCAAGUUGAUUAUUGCUCGCUCCUAUGGCCUUACUGGGUUUGUUCGGAUCAGUGUAAAGGAGCACACCAUUAUCGAUUCAAAGCCUGAUCAUUUUCUUGAUGAUCUUCGCUUGAACAAUCCGUGGCCUGAACUCAAGAGGUUUGUGGAUACCAUUGAUAUAAAAACACCAGAUCCCAUUGCUCAUAAGCACAUUCCUUAUGUCGUCAUUCUUGUCAAGAUAGCUGAGGAAUGGGCUCGAUCCCAUAACAAUAACCUUCCCUUGACGAGGGAAGAGAAAAGAGAGUUUAAGGAUUUAGUUAAGUCCAAGAUGGUAUCACUCGAUGAAGAUAACUACAAAGAAGCCAUUGAAGCCACCUUCAAAGUUUUUGCUCCUCGAGGAAUCAGCCAAGAGAUUCAAGAAAUUAUAAACGACAGUUCUGCUGAAGUUGGCUCAAAUUCCUCUGAUUUUUGGAUAAUGGUAGCAGCCCUCAAGGAGUUUAUUUCAAAUGAAGGUGGUGGGGAGGCACCACUUGAAGGUUCCAUGCCCGAUAUGACAUCUUCAACAGAGCACUACAUCAAUUUGCAGAAAAUCUACCAAACCAAAGCUGAAGCUGAUUGUCUUUCCAUGGAGCACCGAGUGAAAAACAUUCUAACUAAUAUCGGUCGAGAUCCACAUAGCAUCUCAAAGCCAACCAUCAAAAGCUUCUGCAAGAAUGCAAGGAAACUUAAGGUCUGCAGAUAUCGUAUGUUAGAGGAUGAGUUCAGCAAUCCUUCUGUAACAGAACUGCACAAGUGUUCGGCUAGCGAGGAUUACAGUAGCGCAAUUGGAUUUUAUAUUCUUCUUAGAGCUGUUGAUAGAUUUGCUGCGACCUAUAAGAAGUUCCCUGGACAGUUUGACGGAAGACAAGUUGAUGAGGACGCAACCAGAUUGAAAACUACUGCCCUGAGCCUGCUUAGCGAUAUGGGUUGCAAAGACUUUGUGCUUCCAGAAGAACUUUGCAAUGAGAUGUCCAGAUUCGGUGCUGCAGAGCUUCACGUGGUUGCUGCUUUCGUAGGAGGAAUCGCAUCUCAAGAAAUAAUCAAGCUAAUCACGAAGCAGUUUGUUCCCAUGUUGGGAACUUUCAUCUUCAACGGCAUUGAUCACAAGUCUGAGUCUUUGACAUUAUAG